UUGCCGGUUUUAUUUUGCUGAGUUCUUUCAUGUACAUCAAUUUAAUUAUUCAAUGAAAAUGCUUAAAUAUGCUUUGCAAAUUGGUUCGGGACAAAGCAACAGGUUCCUCUGGCAGCUGCCAAAUCAAAUCUGGAGGCGUAGUUAUACCAGUAAGAUCAGAAACAUAGGAAUAUUGGCGCAUAUCGAUGCAGGCAAAACAACGACAACGGAGCGCAUGCUGUUCUAUGCAGGCAAAACCCGGGCCAUGGGUGAAGUGCAUCGCGGCAAUACGGUGACCGAUUACCUAACCCAAGAGCGGGAGCGAGGCAUCACCAUCUGCAGUUCGGCGGUCACGUUUCCCUGGAAUGGGCACCGCAUCAACCUGUUGGACACGCCCGGCCACAUCGACUUCACCAUGGAGGUGGAGCAAUCGCUGUAUGCCGUUGAUGGUGUCGUCGUGGUUCUGGAUGGCACAGCUGGCGUGGAGGCCCAAACAGUCACCGUGUGGACGCAGGCCGACAAGCACAAGCUGCCACGACUCAUAUUCAUCAAUAAAAUGGAUCGUCCCGAUGCAGAUUUUGAAAAGUGCGUCACGGACCUCAAGGAUAAACUGGAAACGCAGCCAGUUUGCCUACAGUAUCCGGUAAAAAACGAACAUGGACUAUUGGCCAUCAACGAUGUAAUCACCCUUGAGCAGCUCAGCUGGCAGCAAAAGGAUCUGGGGCGAAGCUACAAGAAUAUCAAACUGGAGCCCUCAGAUAUCCUGCGCCAGCUGCAGGAAAAGCGUAACGAACUGAUUGAUCAGCUGUCGGGACUGGACGACGAACUGGCCGAUGUGGUUAUCAGCACGGAGAGCUUUGACAAAGUGGAUAAUGCACUUAUUGAGAGAGCUCUUCGACGGGCAACUAGUCAGCAGAAAGUGGUGCCCGUGCUGCUGGGCUCCGCCUACAAAAACGUUGGCAUUCAGCGACUUAUGGACGCCGUGAAUUCCUAUCUCCCUGCUCCGGAGGAACGCAACCAAAUCUAUGACUGCUUUGGAACAGAGGUGGCCGGCAAGGUGUUUAAAAUUGUGCAUGACAAACAACGUGGUCCAUUGACCCUGGUUAGGAUUCUAAGAGGUGAGAUAAAGCGGGGAAUGCGUCUCAUAUCGGCUCGCGGCCAGGCGGAAGUGGUGUCCAAGCUAUAUGAGCCAUUGGCAGACGAAUAUCGAGAGGUCAGCGCUGUCCAGUCGGGAGAUGUGGUCAUAUGUGCAGGUCUGAAGUCCACAGUCACGGGAGAUCUGCUGACCUCAAGCCAGUCAGCACUGAAGAAUGCCCAGAAGCGUUUAAAGCAAAGCCUGGGUGCACAUCCAACAAAAGAUGAGGAAGACGAUGAAUCAGAUCAAUCAGAUGAACUGUUUGCCAUUGAUCCCCAGAUACCAGAUGCUGUCUACUUCUGUUCCAUCGAACCCCCCAGCGUAUCCUCGCAAACGGCCAUGGAGCAAGCUCUUCGGCAGCUGCAACGGGAGGAUCCUAGCCUGCGUGUCAGCUACGAUUCCGUCACCGGGCAAACUGUGCUCGGAGGGAUGGGCGAACUGCACAUGGACAUCAUCAAGUCACGCAUCCUGAGCGAGUAUAAAAUCGACGUUGAUCUGGGGCCCCUGCAGAUUGCCUACAAGGAAACCAUUGAGUCACCAGCGUUGACAACGCUUAGUGUGGAAAAGGAAAUCGCUGGAAGCAAGCAGAACGUCAGUAUCACAUUGGAGGUGGUCAAGGAUCAAACUGAGCUGUUUAGCUUAGAUAAGUCACCAGAGAACUUACCAAGCCUGAACGCGCUUAGACCACGGAUCCUUCAGGUUCUGCGGAAGGGCUCAAUCAGUGCCCUAGAACGUGGACCUCGUGUUGGUGGCCUGGUUGUGGAGACUCAGAUUCGCCUGCACAAUGCCACUAUUGGGCGUGGCACCGCUGACUCCUUUGUCAUGGCUACGGCAGCUCAGUGUGUCCAAAAACUGCUGAGCACGAGUGGAACCCGCCUAUUGGAACCCAUUAUGGCUCUGCAAAUUGUGGCACCUAGUGAACGCAUCUCCGGCAUUAUAGCCGAUCUCUCACGGCGACGAGCUCUUAUUAAUGACGUCUUACCAAAGGGUGAUAGAAACAAGAUGAUCCUGGUGAACGCCCCUCUGUCAGAGCUCUCCGGUUACUCAAGUGCCCUACGCACAAUUAGUUCUGGCACAGCCAGCAUGACGAUGCAGCCGUGUGGCUUCUCUUCUAUGAAUUCUGCAGAUGAAUCGCUGGCGGAGCGGAGGGCCCAGGGCCUCGAAUAAUUUGCA